CUCAGCCUGGUGUUAUUUCUGUAGUAGGAUUGUACCAUCACAGCACAAGACCCCCUUUGCUCUGCACGUUCUCGUUGAUCCAGCAUUUUUACCCUCUUUAAUAAUUGAUUGAAAGGAAGCAGGACUUCUGAGGACAGAUCAGACGUGUUUAUUGUGGAGCUCGUGACAGGAAGUAUUGUCUCCUUUUGGUCCAGCUUGACAGCGGUACCUGCUGCUGCUGCUGCUGCAGCGGAGGAGAGCAGAGCAUCACUGAUGGACCCUCCGGAUGACUGAAGUGUCUCUGUCUCCUGAGCUCAGCACAGCCUGCAGUAUUUCGAGGAGAGUGUAGCUCGAUGUCUGAUGUCGGUGCAUUGCAGGUUUACAGACCGUGCAGGGGACAGAGUCAGUCCUGAGCGCGUGCGUUAUUGCGCAUCCCCAAAAGCGCAUUUUGGGGCGACCACGGAAAAAUCCCAUUAACAGGCAGCACCGGUUCCAGCUCCUCAUCGGGCUAUGGAGUUCUGUGGGUGAAGGCUCGGGGUGACGACUCUCAGCCAGAAUUUCGCCAAAAUUACGACCGCAAUCAAAUACUGCUCACUGUCUCCCGGCAACGGGGGAGACCACCGGCAGCUCGUGAUGUCCCGUGCCAAGGAGCGGCUGAAAGGCGGGAAUGAGACCAAGGACAGCGUCACUUUGCUGCCAUGCUUUUAUUUUGUAGAGCUCCCCAUCCUGGCCUCCUCCGUUGUCAGUCUGUAUUUCCUGGAGCUGACGGACAUCUUCCAGCCAGUGCAUUCUGGGUACAGCUGUAAUGACCGCAGUCUCUCCCUGCCCUACAUCCAGCCCAGACACGAGGUCUGCUCGUUGCCUCUGCUCUUCAGCCUGGCCUUCGCUGCUCCCACAGCCACUAUCCUGAUCGGAGAGGCCAUCCUGUACUGCUAUCUAUCCAGGAGGUCUACACACACCGAGGCCAACAUCAACGCUGCAGGCUGUAAUUUCAACUCCUACAUUCGCAGGGCUGUUCGCUUCAUAGGCGUCCACAUCUUCGGCCUGUGUGUGACAGCGCUGAUAACCGACAUCCUCCAGCUGUCGACCGGUCAACACGCCCCGUACUGGUUGGAUGUAUGUAGACCUAACUUGACCCACAUUAAUAUGUCCACCUGUGAUGAAGCGUUCAUUCUGGAGGAUAUCUGCUCCGGACAAGACAGCGGGCUCAUCAACGCCGGGAGGAAGUCGUUCCCUUCCCAACAUGCUACUCUGGCUGCCUUUGCUGCUGUCUACAUCUCAAUGUACUUCAACACGCUGCUCACAGACUCGGCUAAGCUCCUAAAGCCGGUCCUGGUGUUCUCCUUCGUCAUGCUGGCCAUUCUGGCAGGGUUGACCAGGAUCAUCCAGUUCAGGAAUCAUCCUGUGGACGUCUACUGUGGGUGGAUGCUAGGAGCUGCCAUCGCCAUUUACCUGGGUGUGUAUGCGGUGGGGAAUUUCCAGCCAAGUAAGGAUCGAUCCAGAUGUCGACCAUCUCCCCCGAGCAUGAGAGAGCACCACUACACCACCCUACCCAAUGUCAGCCAGUCAGCAAUGACCAACAGUCACCAAGCUUUCUCCACAGGUCACAUCACCCUGGUUCCCAGCCAACCAGAGCCCAUCAUCACAAGAACCUCCUCACACACCUUGUCCCCGAACCGACCACAACCAAUCCUGACGAGAAGCGCCUCCUACCGAGAGCCGUCCAUGUCCAAUCUGAAGAGGGCCAGCGCUGAAGUCGAGAUCAUAUCCCCCUCCAGUCCCCUGGGAAACCAUGACAACAUGAUGACCUUCAGCAGCAGCACACUGCCACGCUCCCAUGGAGGAUCCUCAUUAGAGGAGGGUCGUAUCCCCCGGCGUCAUGCCUCCAUCCAUGCCUCGAUGGAUUCAACCCGAUCCAAACAGCUGCUCAGCCAAUGGAAGAAUAAGAAUGACAACAGGAAGUUGUCUCUACAAGUGAUGGAUGGAAUAAGACCGACCUCCUCUUCCUCCCCUCAGAGGAACAUGGAGCUCCGCUGCUCCUCUGAACCAUCUGCCAUGGGCCUUGAAGCGGAGCUCCGAGCUGGAGCACAUCUGCCUAUAGUCAUUGCUCAGGAAGCUGAGAUGCGUCCCGGGGCCCACAUCCCAGCUCAGUACAUGAAACUAGCCGCGAGCACUGCCAGUCAUAAUCACAUGACCCAUAAUGGCAGUACUGGACUGGCCGGUGGGGCAAGAGUGUCCAUCCAAUCCAGACCUGGAUCCUCCCAGCUUGUUCACAUUCCUGAGGAGGAAAACCCAAACUGCAGGGACCAGGAGAGCGAAUCAGAGGACAGCAUUAUGGAUGGGGGUGGGUCAGUCAGGGAGAAGUGGCUCAGAGUGGCUGAGAAGACCACCAUCCCAUGUCGGCCUCUCAGUGCUGGUGGACAGCCUCGACUUAUGCAGGUCAUAGCCUUAUCCAAACAGCAGGGCCUGCUCUACUCUCCGAGAUCGGAGGAUGGUGGCAGCACUGUCAGCUGCACUGGAUCCAUUCGGUACCGAGCCCUGACGGACCAGGACCCGUCCCCACCAGCCUCCACCACUGGAGCAGUGGGAGGAGGAGGGGGAGGUUUGGAAAGGACUGGCAGUAUAGUCCGUGUUGAUGCCCACCCAGAGUCCAGAUCAAACAAACCUGUGGUGAAACCUCCGAGCACCGACGGGAGCGGCUCCUGGCGUUGGAAACCCCCUGACCCGCGAGCUUCACUACGACAGUCAGCUUUCAACCUCAACGACCUGAACAGACACACGGACAGCUGUGACUCUCUGAGGGAUGGAGGGGGGUCAGUGGACGGGCGGAGGAGCAUGACGGGCGCUGAAAUGGAGAAUCUAAUGAGUGGAGAUGGACGAGGAGGAGGAGGAGGAGGAGGAGGAGGAGGAAUGGGUGGAAUGGGUGGAAUGGGAGAAGUAGGAGGAGGACCUUUAUACACAAACCAUCCACAUGUUGUCCACCCUCUACAUCCCUUAAACCCAAACAACCCCAACAACUUCCAGCACCCUAACUACAACACCAUCAACCCCAAUAAUCCUAAUUUCAACAACAUUCACUUCAACCCCAACUCCAACAUGCAAUUCAUCCAGACUGAGGCCAUUCCCACUCCCUUCCACCCCCACCCUCAGGCCAUCACCACCAUCAGGGUGACUCCGGUGGAAGCGACGGCGGCCAGCAGCGACGGCGGCUCAGACUGCCAAUCGGUCGCCUCGUCGAGUUGCGAGUCCACCCUGAGGAGGCAGAGUGGCUCCCACAUCGUCCAGGUCCCCGAACGUGUCCCAGACCUCCACAACAACCACCGCCUCUGUGAUGACAAUGAAAGCAGCAGUCGCUUCCAAGAGAAUCUCAGAAGUUUCCAAGAAAACGCCAUCCACCUUAACCACCCCAACAGGCAGUUUCAAGGGAUGUUUGUCCGCCCGGGCCCGACCCCGCCUCCUACCUUACCCCGCCCCAUCCUGACUCAAACUCCACCUCCUAAUUUAGGGCUGGCCUACAAAGAAUGACCUGCUCAGUGGUAGUAGGAUCAUCCUUUUACAUCUCUGAUCAAAAUUUGUGCUACUUAACCUGACCCUGACGAGUUUGAUAGAUAUUUGGUUACCGCAGAGAGUCAGCCAAUAAGGGAAGGGCAUCACAUCUCACCUGGCCAAUCCGUCACCCCCAAAGCAUCCCAGCUGUUUUAGUAUCUUAAGGAGAAGAUGUUUUUGUCUUACUGUAGGAUUAUUAAAACCUACAAGCAAUAGAUUCACCAUCCACUUUGAAUCAUAAGCCAUAUAAACAAACUCCCCCUGAUCUCCAUCUGACCCUUCAGAGAGGACGAUGACCACGGCGGUGAGUUUGAUUCAACGAUUUUACUUUCUUUUUUAUUUUUGGACUGCUGGUGAGACCAGUCAUCUUUUUUCAAGCGUAAUGAAUUGAGUGUGUUUGCAUGUAGGCGCAGGAGCCUACUGGUUACUGUCUCAUUACUCCCUGCCAGAGAGGACGGGUACAGCCCAAUGACUCGGCCCUGCUUUCUCUCUGACCGCUGGCUUCGCUGUGAACGGGCUAGCAUUCUUGUCCCAAAAUUUAUACAUACAUAAGCUUUAUAGAAAAUACAUACAUAAACUUUAUAGAAAACCACAUGCCAUUAUAUAUAAAAGUUCAAAACCUAAAACAGUACUUGUGUUUGUGCAUUUGUUUGUGGGGUGAUCACUGUGGGAACCGACCCACAGUUGUUACUGGGCUGCAAGGCGUCUACUUAUGACUGUGAUAAUAUCUAUUGGUUCAUGGUGGUAUAUAUUUGUGUCAUUAAAACAAUAUAAUGGGAAAUAUAUAUAUAGUGUUUUAAAUAUAGUAAUACAGGGCUCAGUUUUUUAAAUUCAGUAUUUAGUUUGAAUCACGUGCAGUAUAUGAUUUAUGCAUACUGUGUAGUAGUUGAGCUGUACAUUAACCCAUGCAGCGUGGGGAUCGUCUCAUCAAGCACAAAGACUGAUGGAAAAUGUUUGAUUCACACCAUGAACCCUCGUCGUCUCCCAGCUUUAGGGCUUUAUUUGAGAUUUUAAAGGCAGCUGUAAGAUACGAGAGAAUGAUCUACAGAGGAGUUAUGUUCGUGACCACAAAGUGUUGAUAUUUUAUGAUAAAGUUUGGAUCAUUUUAACAAAGUUUAAUGUAAAUUUUAUAAUCUAAGAAGGAGGAUAUCAAAGUGUUAAAAUGCACUUUAAUAUAUGAAAUUAAAGAAACAAGAAUAUGAAGACUUCAUUUGCAAAAACAGAUAACUCAGUUUUUAU